AGUUUAAUCAUUUUCGGGAUGCAGGUGCCUCCAGCGCCAAAGGUUGUGCGUGAAGAUCGCGGGGGCAAGCGCUGCCUACUGGUGCUGCUAUGUUUGGUGUUUGGCAUGGAGCUUGGUUUCAAGUUUGCUUCACGCACCGUCAUCUACAUCCUCAACCCCUGCCACAUCAUCACGAUGCUACAGAUAGUAAUGCUGGCCGCACCUCCCACGUCUCGCCUGCUGACGGUGCUGUUUCGAGUGCACGUCCAUUGGCUGAACGGUCCCCUGUUGGCCCUGCUGUUUCCGGUGCUGAACACACGGCUGCUGCCACUGGAGCAAGAGGUGUACUGGGUGCAGCACACUCUGAUGCUCGCUGUGCCCUGCUACCUGAUGCGGCUGGGUGGUGUAUUCAGCACAGAGCCCCUGGCCGACCUCAGCUGGGUGUUGCUCAGCUUGGCACUGCAGUACCUCUACCACUUCCUCAUCCUGCAAGCACUCGCACUGGUGACUGAAGUAAACCUGAACAGCAUGCUGUGCCCUGCUGUGUCAGAUCCCUUCUAUGGCCCUCAUUAUCGGCUCUGGGCACUGGCACACCAGUUCUUGCUGGUUCUGGUGGCAGGCAAGCUGUACACAGCUGUGGCUGCCUGGAUGCUGCGCGUCACCAGGCUGCGAAUCUGCUGCAGCACCGACCACAAGCACUCCUCUUAGAAGUGCCCUUUUGAUGAGCAAUGUGCAGGUGUGGGCUUCCCAGGCCUGCUGCGGUGGCUGCCCCAAGGUGCAGCAGCAGUGCUCAGUUGCUGAGCACCGUGGGAGAAGAGAGCCUAGCCUAGAAGCUGGCCACAUAACGGUAGUGCAAACACAGGCGGACUAGGAACUGUCUCAUCUCUUGACCCUGCGGCAUUGUGCAAAUGUAGCAGCUGCAUUGCUCAACAGGCUGCGCCACAGUGCUUUUAUCUAGAACAUGCAGUGACGUUUUAUUUGAAAGCACGAAAAGCUAGAGCGAUUCCAAUGCUGCUACUGGGACCAGUGUAGUCUGAGCUGCUGCUGUGGAUAUUCUCCAUCCACAUGUUUUUGGUAAGCAGUGAAGGUGAUUGUGAUGGGUAGCAUGAACCCAAGUUGCAUGUGCCAUUCCCUUGUACAUUUACAUUGUUGGAAGAUAAUAUUUUCUCGGUGUGGCUGCAGGUAGCUAAGCGUUAUCGUGAUAUCGUAGCGAUGUUAUGGAAAGUGAAAAUUUUUUUAUGGUUAGAAUACUGCACGAUGCGUGUUUUAGUAUCAUAAUUUUUCUAGUCAAUAAAGAUGUUAUGCAAAUUGAA